CAAUACUAUGAGAUUUUAAGUGACAGCUCUGCUUCUUGCAUCCUUCAAAGCAUAAGUUUGAACACCCGCGGUUUUGUUUUGAGCGGCUGGAAUAUGUAGGACAGAAGAUACAGGACAUAGCAAUGGCUGAACGUUUUGGACGCACCAGGGAAGUGGUUGCAAGAGAAGCAUAGAUGUCUAUUAAUGAACAAAUUCUGCGGCCGGUAUCUUAGAGAAAAACGUCUUCACAACUUUAUAAUAUACUCAGAGGAGGUUCAUGAUCGGUAUGAACAUAACCGGAGACUUAGGAAUCCGGCGACAACCGCUGUUCAACAAGCCAUUCACGGCCUCGCCUACACCAUCUACGGGAAACCCGAUGUUCGGCGGCUCAUGUUUGAGGUUUUCGACUUCGAACAAAUCCAACCUAAAGCUGUCUGAAAAUCGAAGCUGUCUCUCUCAUUUGUCUAAUGUCUUUUAGUAUACUACUGGGUUUGAUUUAUGUAGUUAAAUACUUC